CCCACCCCUUGCCCCGGAAGUACUUUCUGGAAGCAGCGCUUUCUGGGAUUGUUGGACCAUCCGGCUUCCUUUUUUUCCGACAUCUUAGUGUGGCUGCAGUGGUCCACACUACUCUCUGAGUUUCGCCAUGCCGCCCAAAGACGACAAGAAGAAGAAGGAUGCCGGAAAGUCGGCCAAAAAAGACAAGGACCCAGUAAAUAAAUCUGGUGGCAAGGCCAAAAAGAAGAAGUGGUCCAAAGGCAAAGUUCGGGACAAGCUGAACAAUCUCGUCCUGUUUGACAAAGCUACUUACGACAAACUUUGUAAGGAAGUUCCCAACUAUAAGCUUAUUACUCCAGCUGUGGUCUCCGAGAGACUGAAGAUUCGAGGCUCUUUGGCCAGGGCAGCCCUUCAGGAGCUACUUAGUAAAGGACUUAUCAAGUUGGUUUCAAAGCACAGAGCCCAAGUAAUUUACACCAGAAACACAAAGGGUGGAGAUGCCCCAGCUGCUGGUGAAGAUGCAUAAACAGAUUCAAUCAGCUGUACAUUUGGGAAAAUAAAACUUUAUUGAAUCAAAUGAAUGGGUGCAUCUGUUUCCUCAGGCAGCUGGAGAGGAUUUGGUCUUAGGAAUAAUAGCUGGCUGGAAUGGGUUUGUUAGCCAUGAGAUUGGAACAGACUAAGACUGGGAACCUUCAGCUUUUCCCUUUAUGUGGCUGCUUGCUUCUUGCUGCAGCUUCAGUUUUGAAUUGAUGCCUGAAAAGAAAUGAAGACUUAGCAAGAUUAAUGGUAAAUCUUUAGGGAGGUUGCUGGUUACACUUAUGCAUACCUGGACUGCCAGCGGCGUCCAUUAUUCCAGACUCUGCCAAAAGAGGGCAGCCAGCCUGCACUGGUGUUAGAACUGUGAUCAAAGUUGGCCCCAACUCUAUCUGGAGGGAGUUUCUUCAGUUUUUGCUUUUCCUCUGCAAAUAGAAAAUAUUUUUGAAUUUAAGUAGCUUUCUUUAAAGAUGACUAAGUAGCUUAUGUGAAGACCUGAA